AUGAUACGGCAAGCAGUUGUGAAUCGAUUUGUGAAAAUUGUGAGAAAGCAAUAUAAAGGUAUGGCAGUAUUAAAACCAACAAUUACAAUGGGUGAAAGUUUAAUUCUUGAUAAAUCAUUUGAUGAUCAAUUUGAAAUGAAUGAAAUUGAAGCAAUGGAAAUAAGAAUUCGAAGAAUGAUGAAUGAUAAGGAAACGAUAGCAGAAUUGUUACCAUCAUUGAAUGAAUAUAUGAGAAUGAAAAGUAAAUUGGGACUGUGUUUACAACUUCUCUUAGAUUCUGCAAAUAUUGUCACCGAUGUCAAAUCAUGCAUUCUCGAUGGAAAAUUACUUAAAGCAUAUAAAAAUUUUAUCAAAUAUGAAAAGUGUCGUAAUGAUUUACUGGAACUUACUGAUAAUAAAAGUGAUGAGCAAGCAUUUAUCAUUGAACAUUUUAAUGAUGUUGAAUUAAUGGCUAUACAAAUUCGUGAUGUAAUUCAUUUAACACUUAUUGGUAUCACUAGUAACAGUACUGAUAAUAAUGAUAAUGAUAGUGAUAAGAAUUGUAACAAUGAUAAUAUAUUGCAACAAAUUGGAAAAAUCAUCGAAUAUGAUGCAAAAUUAGAUGCUGAUAAUGAAGUACGCAAGGGCAAAGGUCAAAUAAGUUUUUUGAAUCGUCCACGAAAUUGGAAAAGUUUUUGUACGAAUAUAUUUGCUAAUUCGGCACAAAUUGGUGACAUGCAAGAAUCAUUUGCUAAACAACUUUUAGACAAUUUAAUAAAUACUGAUAAUGAUAGUAGUGAUAUUGAUAAAAGUAAUAUAAAAAAUUUUAGAAUUGAAUGUGAUACAGCUUAUUAUGAAGAAUUAUUAGCUAUGAGAAAAUAUUUUCAACAGACAUUAUUACAUGAAACUAAUUUUCAACAAAUUUUUGUCAAAUUUUUAAAUAUUGAUGAUAUCAUCGUGAAAACGACAAAUUAUCUUAGCAAUAGCAAUCUUUGUGCUACAAUUCAAAAAUUGCUAAAAGCAGAAAGUAUACGAUAUCAUUUGCUUGUAUUUGCUAAAUCUCACAAUGAAUUUGAUUGUAUCAAUAAGCUAUUAGUACCAUAUUAUGAAUCAAUUGAACAAAUUUAUGAUAAAUUUAUAAAUGAAUCAAAAUAUUAUUGCAUACGUGGCAUUGAUAUUAUACGUGGUAAAAAUUCUGAACCUAAAAAGCAACUUGAAAUAAUUCUUCGAGUAAUUGAAAUUGAUGAAAAAAUUGAUCAAUUAUAUGAGAAUAAUAAAUUCAAAAUUGCAAAUCGUCCACAUUGUUGGCGUAAAAUGCUUUUUGAAAUUGUUGAAGAACGUGUGCAACAACGUGUAGAAGCAUUUCAAAUUGAAGAUCGAAAAUUAAAUCAAAAUUGGGUGACAAGAAAUUUGGAAAUAUGUCGUUUGUAUAUUGUGGAAGAUUUAUACGCAGCAAAACAUUUUUUACGAAUUUUUCCAAAAGAACAUCAACUUUAUAAUAAUUUCAUUUUAUCAUAUCAUAAUGGAAUUGCUAAGAAGAUUUCUGAAUUAGCAAAAGGUGAAUUAAACAAACGUGAAUUGAUACAACUUUUAAGUUGGAUUAGACAGUAUCCCGGAGAACAUAUGCUUGGUAUGGCAUUUCUUGAAAUUGAUGCAAUUUCACUUAUUCGAGAUAAACCAUUAAUUGAACCAAAUGAAUUAAUGCAUCUUUUUGAAAUAUUUAUUGAAAUAAUUAAAUCAGAAACAUCAAAAUGGGCAUUAAAAACUGUUAAACAAGAGUUUGCUAAUAUUGACGAAUUACGAAGUAAUAUAAUGGAAGAUGAAUAUGGAUAUUAUUAUACUCAUUUAUCACAUAUACUUUAUUCAAUUGUUAAUGAUCAGAUGACUUUGGCUUGUGAAAUUUCGGAUGAAAUUGUGCCACGUAUUUUAAAUGAAUGUCUUAAUGAAUAUAUCAGAUUAAUUUGUCCUCAUUUAGAAGAUUCUAUUAACGAACUAAAAAAUAAAGGAACGUAUCAGAAGGAACAAAAUGAUGAAUAUAUUAAAAUUAUGAUAACAAUUGCAAAUAAUUUGGAUAUGUUUGCUGAUUCAAUAGAUAAAUUGAAAAAAUAUAUCGAAGGAAUGCGAAAUGAAUCAUUGAAAUGGAAUGAAAUUCAAAAACAAAAACGAAUUUCAAUCAUUUCACAGUCAGCAAAUGAAACAUUCAUUUGUAAACAAAAACAAAAAUGUUUCAAUCGCAAAAUGCAAGGUGCAAUUCAUGGUGCAAUGAAUGCACUUCGAGAUAUACCAGCAACAUUAGCUAAUAUAACACCUUCAUCAUCAGAAAAUGCAUUAAAUGAGCAAAAUGAUAAUUUUGAUAAGCAAUUAAAUGAAAUUGAUAAUGAAAGUGAGAUUGAAUUAGAGGAUGAGGAACCAUUGGAAGCUGCAUGGGAACGUAUUGAAAUUUUGAAAAAACAUUUUAAUGAAAUGCUUCGAACAGUGAUGAAUAUGCUUUGCGAUGAAAUUUGCAGCGAUCUUUAUAAUUGCUUCGAACAACUAUUAAGCAAACAAUGGAUGAAAAAUUCAAAUAUUAUUGGAACAAUUUGUGAAACAAUAAAAGAUUAUGAAAAUGAUUACAUGCAUCUUCGACGAGAUAUUCAUAUUGAAAUACUUCAAUUUAUUGAAUUUAAAAUUGUUGCAGAAUAUUUAAAUGCUAUUGCAAGCAGAAAAUUAACUUGCACAGAAUAUCAAAAACGUUGUGCAAUUGCAAAAUGUCUUCAAAAUGAUAUUGAAAUAAUCAAUGUAACAUUUAAUGCAUUAUUUACACAAUUUAAUUGUAUUAAUAAGACGAGAAAUUUAACAAAUGUAUUAUAUUCAAUUGCUGAAUUUAUCACACUUCGUGAUAAAGAUAUGCUUUUAUUGGAAAUAGCAUCGUUAUUACGUAAAUAUCCGGAAAUGACGGAAGAAUUUCUUUUCACGCUUACUGAUAUUCGUGAUGACGUAACAAGCAGUGAAUCACGAGCAUUAACAGAAGAUUGUAUGAAAAUGAUUGGUAAGAAAGAAAAUGAUCCAAUAUUGAUACGACUAUUUCAAAUGGCAAAAGGUGAACGAAAAACAGCGCAAAUGAUCAAAGAUGUUGUUCCAAGAAUACGACGACGAGUUAAAUUAACUAUUGCUAAUCAAUAA